AAACUGCAGCGACGUGGCUUUCGAUGUGCUGGAGAAAGCCUGCGGCCAGAGAGGGGCUGCCUGGCCCAGCAACGCCUGUCUAGCUGACGGUCCCUGGGACACCACCGCCGUCCUACGGCAGAGCCGGUGGAGCCAUGUCCAAGAAAGAUGAUGACACCAAAAAGCCAGUGUCGGAGACGGCACUGGACCAGCGCUGGAAACUACAGGUCUUCUACCUCUGCUUCUAUGGCUUCAUGACGCAGAUCCGGCCCGGGGAGAGCUUCAUCACCCCCUAUCUCCUGGGGGCUAACUUCACGCAGACAGAGGUGACCAACGAGAUCAUGCCGGUGCUGACGUACUCCUACAUGGCCGUGCUGGUGCCCAUCUUCCUGCUGACGGACUACCUGCGCUACAAGCCGGUGCUAGUGCUGCAGAGCCUCAGCCACAUCUCCAUCUGGCUGCUGCUGGUGUUGGGCACCUCUGUCCUGGCCAUGCAGCUGAUGGAGUUCUUCUACAGCAUCACCAUGGCCGCCCGCAUUGCCUACUCCUCCUACAUCUUCUCCCUCGUCACCCCGUCCCGCUACCAGCGUGUGGCCAGCUACUCCCGCUCCGCCGUCCUCCUGGGAGUCUUCACCAGCUCGGUGCUGGGCCAGCUCUGCGUCACCGUGGGUGGCGUCCCCUUCCUCACCCUCAACUACAUCUCCUUGGGCUUCGUCAGCUUCGGCCUGGUCCUCACCCUCUUCCUCGAGCGGCCCCGGCGCAGCCUCUUCUUCAACCGUCCCGAGGCGGCCGGCGAGGAGGCCACGGCCGCUGAGCUGGACAAGAUGGCAGGGGGAGAGGGGAGCGGGGGGACAGGGGGCUGGCGGGAGGCAGUGCUGUGCCGUAUGCUGAGGGAGCUGGUGGCCUUGGCCGGGCAACCCCAGCUCCGGCUCUGGUCCUUGUGGUGGGUCUUCAACUCAGCUGGUUACUACCUGAUGCUGUACUACGUGCACAUCCUCUGGAAUGAGAUCUACCCCGCCACGGACAACAGCCGGGUGUACAACGGAGGAGUGGACGCCGCUUCCACGCUGCUGGGGGCCGUGGCCUCUUUCGCCGCUGGCUACGUGAAGAUCCGGUGGACGCUGUGGUCGGAGCUGGUGAUCGGGGUGGUGACAGCUUUCCAGGCAGGGCUGCUUCUGCUCAUGAACACCACCAGCAACAUCUGGCUGUGCUACGUCGCCUAUGUCCUCUUCCGUGGCUCCUACCAGUUCCUGGUGCCCAUCGCCAUUUUCCAGAUUGCUACCUCCCUCUCCAAAGAGCUCUGCGCGCUGGUCUUCGGGGUCAACACCUUCUUUGCCACUGUGCUGAAGACCAUCAUCACGAUCAUCGUGGUCGACAAGAGGGCCUUGGGCUUGUCUGUGCAUCCUCAGUUUUACGUGUAUUUUGGCUACUUCACACUGCUGGCAGUGGUCUACCUGCUGGCGGCCAUCUGGGUGGGCGUCCAGCACAGUCGCCGAAAGCAGCCAGCAGAGCUGGCCCUUGCCAAGGAGCCGUGCCAGCUGCCCGAGGAGGUGCCAGUGCAGGAGAAGAACCUGGAGGCAGGUGCCGUACGAGCUUGAGCACCAUCACCACCCUGGCCAGGUCUUGGGCAUCGCUUGCACCGAGUGCUUUUUCUCCUGUCCUGCUGGUGGUCCUUGGCGCCAGCCUGUUGAGGACGUGCCCCUUGGGACCCAUUUUCUGCUCCAGGGGGGCAGGGGCUGUGGCCUCGGCCCCCGGCCACAAACACAACCAGCACAGGGGCAGGGUGCCCGUGGCUGCCACCGGCGGGUACCAGGCGGGGGUAGGGAUGGAGGCCGGGUGGUCUCCUGGCCACCACCUCCCCAUCAUUGUGCAGAACCAGGCUACAAGAGCGUAAUGUCUUUUUAUUCAGUGCCUUUAGAAAAUGAUUUAUAGGACACAACUGACAAAAA